AUGGACCACCCAUUUUUUGGCAUGACUGGUGGUCAAAUCUUCAAUGAGAUGAUGAUCCGCCAUAAUGUGAAGCAUAUUUUUGGCUACCCUGGUGCGUCUCUUAUCCGCGUACUGGACGCCAUCUACCAGUCAAAGCACUUCGACUUCAUCCUUCCUCGACAUGAACAGGGCGCCGGUCAUAUGGCCGAGGGUUACGCCCGCGUUAGUGGAAAGCCUGGCGUCGUGCUCGUCACCUCUGGCCCUGGUGCUACCAAUGUUGUCACGCCCAUACAGGAUGCAUUCAUGGACGGAACACCCCUGGUUGUUUUCACCGGUCAGGUGGCUAACAGUGCAAUUGGCUCAGACGCCUUUCAAGAGGCCGAUAUGAUCAGCAUCACAAGGUCCUGCACUAAGUGGAACGUCCUUGUCAAAGACAUUGCAGAGCUACCCCAUAUAAUCAACAAGGCUUUUGAGAUUGCCACUAGUGGUCGCCCAGGGCCCGUUCUAGUUGAUCUGCCAAGUGAUGUUAGCGCCAGUACCCUCCAAAGGACUAUUCCCCUGAGCAGCACCCUUUCCGCCACCACCAGUCCUGUAACCAUUGCCGCAAGGGAAGUCAGCAAGCAGCAGUUAGACCAAUCCAUCAGGCGAUCAGCCGACCUAAUUAACAAAGCCAAGAGGCCCAUCAUCUACGCUGGCCAGGGCGUUAUGCAGACAGAGGACGGUCCUAAGCUUCUUAAGGAAUUUGCAGACAAAUGCAAUAUCCCUGUAACCACCACCCUGCAGGGCCUCGGAAGUUUCGAUGAGCUUGACUCCAAGUCUCUACAUAUGUUGGGCAUGCACGGCUCUGGGUACGCCAACAUGGCCAUGCAAGAAGCCGAUCUCAUUCUCGCUCUUGGUGCCCGCUUCGAUGACCGUGUUACGGGCGCUAUUUCCAAGUUCGCUCCUGCUGCCAAGGCCGCCGCAGCAGAAGGUCGUGGAGGCAUCAUUCACUUUGAGAUUAUGCCAAAGAACAUCAAUAAGGUUGUCCAUGCAACUGAGGCUGUAGAAGGUGACCUUGGUGUCAAUUUGAAGCAGCUUCUGCCUCUCGUGAACAAGGUUGAGCACCGCGCUGAAUGGCUGGGUCAGAUUGCAGAAUGGAAGAUGUGUUUCCCUUGGGCCUAUGAAAAGGAAGGUGAGAAUGGUCUCAUCAAGCCCCAGGCUAUCAUGGAGAAGCUUUCAUACCUGACCGCCGACCGUAAGGAGGAGGUUAUCUUAACAACUGGCGUUGGUCAGCAUCAAAUGUGGUGCGCGCAGCAUUUCCGAUGGCGAUAUCCACGUACCAUGGUCACUUCGGGUGGUCUCGGCACCAUGGGUUACGGUCUCCCGGCCGCCAUUGGCGCAAAGGUCGCCCGGCCACACUGCACCGUCAUCGACAUUGACGGUGAUGCAUCCUUUUGUAUGACCUUGACUGAACUUUCAACCGCCGCCGAGUUCAAUAUUGGCAUUAAGGUCAUUAUUGUGAACAACGAAGAGCAGGGCAUGGCCACACAAUGGCAAAGCCUCUAUUGCAUGGACCGUUUCGCCCACACCCACCAGCGCAAUCCAGAUUUUGUCAAGCUCAGUGAGGCUAUGGGCGUUCAAGCCAAGCGCUGCAUCAAGCUUGAAGACCUGGAAGAUUCACUCAAAUGGCUCCUCGCAACCGAUGGGCCUGCGCUAUUGGAGAUCGUGACUGAUCAGAAGGUACCUGUUCUGCCCAUGGUACUUCCUGGAAGCGCGCUGCAUGAGUUCAUAAUCUAUGAUGAGAAAACUGUCAAAGAACGUAGAGCUCAAACAAAGAGCAGAUCUGGUCGUUAG